AUGGUUCAUCAUAUAAGCUCAGGCCAAUUGAAAAUCGCAAAAGUUUUUACACAUAAAGUCGCUGACACCCACAAGAAAUAUGUCGACACAGAAAAAAAUAUUCUAGCAGCAUUGGAUGGUCUAUUUCCAUUUACUAUAGGUCUGCAUUUUUUAGCCAAAGAUCCUGAAAGAUUGUACUUGAUUAUGCCUCUAGUACCUGGUGGGAAUCUGUUCGAUUUACUAUAUGCAAAAGGACCAUUAGGCGAACAAUCCACAUUAUUUUACUCUUCUCAAGUAGUGUUAGCUUUAGAGUUUUUGCAUGCAACGGGUUUUGUGCAUAGAGAUUUAAAACCUGAAAAUCUUUUCAUUGACGCUAAUGGUUAUUUGCGAUUGGCCGAUUUUGGAAUGGUUAAAAUGAUUGGGCGAGGCAGAACUUAUACGUUUUGUGGAACUCCAGAAUAUAUGGCCCCGGAAAUAAUUACCUUUAAGGGUUACGGCCAGUCUGUAGACUUUUGGAGUUUAGGUGUUUUGAUUUAUGAACUAAAUGUCGGACGAACUCCAUUUGAAGGAUCUGAUGUACGAGAAGUAUUUGAAAACGCUUUGAAUAUAAAUUUUCGAUUGGAUAAUAACUUCAGUCCACAGUUAAAAAGCCUUCUUCAGAGAAUGUUAGAAGUAGAUCUUAGUAAACGUUAUGGAAAUUUAAAAAACGGAAUCUUGGAUAUAAAAAAACAUCCUUGGUUUAGACCAAUAAAUUGGUUACUAAUAAUCAAUCAAAAAAUGGAAGCACCGUUAAAACCAAAUAUUGAAUUUUUUCAGUAUGGUAUUAAUCGAAAAGAAACAGAAUUUGUAGACUUUUAAAUCUAUUUAAGUUAGUUUGAUGCUGUUGGAAUUUAAAUGUAGAAAAUAUAAUUAUUAUAAAAUACGUGGUAAUAUGAUUUUCAGUCUGCUAUUUGGUAAAAUUUUAAGGGUACUAGAAAAAUCUAAUUUAUUGUAACCACCGGAGUUUACAAAAGAUAAAAAUAGUAAUAAAAUUAAGAUUUUCCGAGCUAUUGCAAUUUGUGAAAGUUUUGCUAAGAAUCUUAAAAAAGAUUUUUUUCUAAAUAACAAAAUUUGUAGUUCUUAAUACCUUAGUAUGGACCAAAAUAAUAAGUAUCAAUCAACAAGUGUUUAGCAAUAACUAUAUCUAAAUUUAUAAUUUUCCGUCUACUAAGAG